GUGAUACAGUGAUGAUGGUCAGAUAGACAAUCACAAAUAGCAUAGAAGGAAUACAAACAACAACAAAAAAAUUCACCUUAGAAUAGAGAGUAUUCACCAUAACCUGUCCUUAGAUAGUCACUAUAUACAGCGAUGAAGAUGUUUAUGUCUCCUUGUUAGUGUUGAUUCAAUAGUCGGUUAGUUAGUUUGUUUGUUAGUUCUAUCCAUCUUCACUACUCUCAUUUUCCUCCUACUAAUUCUACUACUACUACUACUACUAACAGUACGUCGAAAUUCAUACAGACACACGCAGACACGCACUUUCCAUCGUUAUAUAAGCUAGAGGUUAGAUGUAUAUAUAAAUAGACAGACAUAACGCGCUAGGACACGUGAGUGAACACAAGCAUAGACACAUGAACACAAUACACACGCGCAGAGACACACGCACACUCAGAGAAAUAUAGCUACAAUACUAGUGUGUUGUAAUACUUUUGAAUGGAUUCAUCAAUCUGCUGUUGUCCUGACAUCGUUUAUUUCACUAGUUUGUUAUUAAUAAUAAUAAUAACAAUAUUUGAACUUGAAACUAUUACUGAGACUUUCUAAUGUACUCACCAUCAUCAUCAUCACUAUGAUCAUCAUCGUCAAUUAUAUUACAUAUAUAUGAAAUAAUGAAAUCUAAUGUCGUAAUAAAAUUUGGAAUGUAUAGCGCAGUGUUUCUGGAAAUACAUUUUCUAUAUAUCGACUGUUGCUGUAAUUAGGCAGGCGAAUAAUACAUGUACAAGAAUACCAACACAAUCAUUGUCUUCACUGUUUGACGGCUGACUACAGAGGGAAAAGGCGACAGUGAAGGCGAACGAGACGGAAUGGAAUAAAUAAAAAAAGAGAAAAUGCGGUUUUCACAAUACUACAAUCUGUGAUCUAUCCGGAUUUAUAGUAUACAUAUACAUAUACACAAAUAUACGCAUAUUCAGUGCAUAAAAAGUAUCGUUCUUUUUUUUUUGCCCGGGGGGAAACGUCAUGUGGAAGAAAUGCUGUAUAAUAAGCUGUGUCAGGUGUAGUCAACACCAAGAAAAUGAUUAUCAUCAGAAAAGCCUGACCAAAAUGAAAACAUCGGGUAAUUCAACAACAAAUUCGGAUGUUAUAUCACCUUUACUGCUGGUAAAUUCUACAGAUUUAAAACCAAUUGAAAAUAAUCACUCUAUGAAUUCAAAAUGUGAUCCACAAGACAAGAAUAAUACGAAUACAAAUAGUGUUAGUGAGAAAGAGAAAUUGUCAACAAGUCCUGCUGAUGUAAUAUCAUCCACUACACUGAACACUAAUGAAUUAAACUCAAUUAAGCCUGAAAUUAGGGUGGAAAGUAGUAAUUCUGGAGUACAGAUAAGUGGAAGUACCACUGACUCGAUUAACCCUUCUACUAAUAAUAAUAGUACUACUAAUACUACUACUACUACCACUAAUGUUAUGUCAGGCGAUAGUCCAAUGCCCAUCUCUUCCACCUCCGCCGGCUCAUUAACCGAUACAACCAAUUCAUCGAUAAUAAAGCGUCCUUUAAAACCUGUAGAUUCAUUUGUCCAUAGAAGAGAACGGGAAGAGGAAGGCGUUCGACCAUUUAAUCAGUUAUUUAGGCGAUCUAUUUCUAAUGCACAUUUCACUUCCAUUAAUCAUACACACCAUCAUAAUCAACAUUAUCAUCAGCAACAAUCACAACAGAAUUCUAAUAAUAUUAAUAAUAAUAAUAAUGUUAAUAAUAGUAGUAAUCAAACAAUUCCUACAUUUUUCUUACCCCGUACAACAACAACAACUGAUUGUGCAACAACACUUUCGCUAACCCUGUCCCCCACUAAUAAUUCACCGACUAUGUAUGAUUCAAUUGGUCUACAACCUGGAACAAAAAAACCACCUAUACGCAGAGGAUCUAUGAUAGUAAGACUUGGUAGAUCAAGUACCGGUGGAACAGGUGGCAUUACUGGCGGCAGCGGAAGCGGAGGCGGCUGUGGUGGAGCCGGCAGUAUAUCAAGUACAAAUGGAUUAGCUGGAAUACUAACUGAUCCUACAAAUAAUCUACCGGGUGGUGCUGUUGAAGGCGUUAUUGUAACUCCAUUUGCUCAAGUACUUGUUAGUAUGCAACGAAUACGGAGUGCAUUUAUUCGUUUAACAGCUGCUCAAGUAACAAAUAGAUACAACAUUUCUACUGUAUUCGAUUCGGGUUCAACUGAAAUUCUAACACCGGAUAGCGCUGAAUAUAAAGCAAUCGCUAAUGAAACACUUGAAGAAUUGGAAUGGUGCUUGAAACAACUGGAAAAUAUUCAAACAAAGCGACCCGUUUCAGAUAUGGCAUUUUCAAAAUUCAAACGUUUGCUAAACAAAGAGUUGAGCAGUUUUGGCGAAGCUGAUAAAUCUAGGCAUCAAAUAUCUGCAUACAUUUGUGAAACAUUUUUGGAAACUGAAAAAGAUGCUGAAGCCAAUGAAGAGAUUGAAUCAAUGAUGGAAAGACGACGUAGCAGUGGUCAAUCACACUGUUCAAACAGUGGACAAGACUCGGGCAAUGGAAAUAAACGGCAUUCAUCGAUAGCCAGUGAUGUUAACGCCAGUAUAUCCAGUGCAAAAUCACCUGAUUCCUCUUCAAAAGUAAAAUUAGAAUCUCCUGGUAGUGCAUCCACGGAAUCGCAUAAAGUUACCCAGCCAAUUGAUACAAACACGUCUUCAGCAAGACAGUCAAUGACAAAUUCAUCAAAAGGAACAAAUCUUGACGAGAAAUCCGCAACAGACAAUGUAUCAACACUUCCGAUUCACGGUGUUGAAACUCCCAAUGACAAAGAACUGGAAGAGAGAUUUACUCAAAGCUUAGAUGAAUGGGGUUUGGAUAUCUUUGAAAUUGAUCGGUUAUCCAAUGGACAUGCACUCACAACUGUAGCCUACAGAAUAUUUCAGAAACGUGAUCUCUUGAAGACUUUCUGUAUAGAUCCAAGCGUUUUUGUACGCUAUAUGUUAAAAGUGGAAUCCACGUAUCAUGCUGAUGUUCCAUACCACAAUUCAAUGCAUGCAGCUGAUGUUUUACAGACAUCGCAUUAUUUACUACAAGCAGAAACACUGGAUGAUGUGUUCAGUGAUCUGGAGAUCUUAGCUGUUCUUUUCGCCUCAGCUAUACAUGAUGUCGAUCAUCCUGGAGUGACAAAUCAAUUUCUUGUCAAUACCGGGCAUGAGUUAGCCUUACAGUACAAUGAUUCCUCUGUACUGGAGAAUCAUCAUCUUUAUAUGGCCUUUAAAAUUCUAAGUGAACCAGAAUGCGAUAUAUUUGCUAACUUAGGCGUUAAGAAACGUCAAACACUGCGUAGAAUGGUAAUAGAACUGGUACUAGCAACAGACAUGUCCAAACAUAUGAGUUUGUUAGCUGACCUACGGACAAUGGUUGAAACUAAAAAGGUCUCUGGAUCAGGUAUACUGAAUUUGGACAAUUAUGCAGAUCGAGUACAGAUUUUGCAAAAUAUGAUCCACUGUGCUGAUUUGAGUAAUCCAGCUAAACCGUUAAGAUUAUAUCGAAAGUGGACUGGACGCCUCAUUGAAGAAUUCUUUAGACAAGGGGAUAAAGAAAGAAAACUAUCCCUUGAAAUUAGUCCAAUGUGUGAUCGUGAAUCUGUAGCAAUUGAAAAAUCCCAGGUUAGUUUCAUUGAUUUCGUGUGUCAUCCUCUAUGGGAAACCUGGUGUGAUCUUGUCCAUCCUUGUGCUCAGUUAGUUCUAGACACCCUGGAAGACAAUAGAGACUGGUAUGAAUGUCAAGCAGAGGAUCCCAAGUCGAAAGGUGCUCAGUCUGCAAGACCAAAGUUAGCAACUGCAGCUGAAGAUGAAGAGGAAGUGUCAAUAACCUCAGGAACUGCACAAGAACAAUAAGUAUAACUACAGAAACAUACAUACAUACAAACAAACAAUUACACAACUGUUUGUUAUACAAUAUGCCUUUUGUUUAAAUAACCUUUGUGUGUUUAUCAAAAUCACGUAUUUAUUAAGUUAUGAUAUGAAUACGCUGACAGAUGUCCUCCUACAGUGAUUUUGUUUUUCUAAAUGACACACCUACCUACCUACCUAUCAGCACACACACACACACAAACACAAACACAUGAAAACACUGACUUUUAUCUAGGUACCAAUAAUAACAAUAAUAAUAAUACUGUUGCUGACCCCCCUAUUUUUUCCUUGACAAGUUUUUUUGUUUUGUUUUGUUUUUUUGAAUUAUAAACAAUCGCAAAAAUGAUGAAUAUGUGUCAGGUUAUCUGAACUCUAUCACUAUCGUAUUGGUUCUGUUCACCCUGUUUUUUUUUGUUUUUUGUUUUUUCAUUAUUCAUAUUCACCUGAUUGUUCAUUACAUUUACUGAUCACUUAAUUUAUUUAUUUAUAAACACUUUCUGCAUAAGGAAGGAGAACCACAGAUGUCAAUCAUUCAUACUAUUAUUAUUAUUCAAUGCAUAAAACAACUAAUGAUUGUUUAUUUUUCAAAGAGGAAAGCUAGUCGUAAAUUACUCAAGAAGAUUUUGGUAAAUUCUGAUAUCUCCACUUCACACCCUUUUUUUGCCCCCUACAGUUUGAAUAGUUCCUAGUUGUGAAAUAAGUAUCGCUGCAGGUGAGUGUGCUUGUGUGUGUGUGUAUGUAUGUAUGUGAAAUUGACAGACAGGAAGAUACACGAAAGAGUGUACUCACCCAUACAUAUACAUUUUGAUAUAUAUAUAUAUUCACAAGAUUGAGAUAAUGAUGCAGGCAGGCAGGCAGGCAAGCAAGCAAGCAUUUUGUCCAACCCAUCGGCAAUCACUGUGUCCGACAUCAUACAUACCCACGGCCAAAUGGAAUGCUUCUCUAUUUUUAAUAAACAACAUUAUUAACCAUUCUUACCAGUCAUUUCGAUUGCUGAUCACUCUUGUUCUUCUCCCCUGCUCCACCUUCUCCACAUUCUCUUCCUCCAGAUUUCUUUAUGGCUGCUUAUUUUGAUUCCGCUUUAUACAGCCUUGUACUCUUGUAUUGUGUUUUUGUUAAUACACUACUGAGUGUUGAAUGUGAACUAUAUAUGUAUGAAUACAUUUCAUAUUCUUUCUUUAAGUCUCUCUCUCUCUCUAUCUACCUACCUAUCUAUCUCUCUAUCUGUCUCUCUCGAUGAAACACGUCAAAAAAAUGAAAUGUAUUCAUCUAAUUUAGAAGGAAGCUCGGUGAUAUGGAGCUUGAUUCAUUAUUUUUUAACCUUUCAUUUUAUUUUAUCUAAAAGAAGUGUAGUGUGAACAGCCAUACUGUUUUUCAGUCACGAUGAUGAAGUUGACAAGAGAAGUGGAACGAACAAGUAGACACACACACACGUGUGUGCGUGUGUGUGCAAUUUGAUUCAAAAACCGUGAAAUGGUUCAACUUUUGUGACUUUUGCAUGAAUCUAAAUGCUAAAGUGUUGUUUAUUUCCUUUACAAAAACAAGAAGAAACACUACUUCUUUCAGCGCCUAGUGAGUAGUAUAUGCUUUGUGUUUGUUUGUUUGUUUGUUCGUUUGAGUGCGUGUGUGUGUGCGCCUGUGUACGUAUGUAAAAACUGGUUGACUUAUGCAUCCAUUGAUGAAGAAUAUUCGUGAGAAAUUCGACUAAUUGUGCUACUUUUAUUGUAUUAUAAUACUAAUAAUAAUUUUAUGACACCCAAUAUUCAUAUAAAAUCUAUUAACCUGUUAUAACUGACUAGUUAUUUCAGUUAUUAAUCUCAUGCUGGUAAAUACAAUACAAUACAAUACAAUUACAAUUACAAUUAUAACAUGUACAUUUCCUUCACAUUUUUGUUUGUCGUUGCUCGUGUUGCAUUAAUGCAUCAUCAACCAGCCAAUCACGUGAUAGAUUUAUCUGCCUGUCUGUUUAUCUAUCCAAAUUAUAUAUGUCUAUCUGUCUAUAUAUCUAUAAAUCCAUGUAAUGAGUUUGUGAGAAUCAUUCAAUAAAUUCUGGGAACAAUAAAAUAGCCUGUGUAGUUUUA